GUGGAGUCACAUUAGCGGAGACAAAGCAGCGAAGGCUCCUCACGCACUUUUAUUUCCCACACCGCCACACUGGAAUUAUGGUUAUUGUGGAGAAGUUGUGAAACAAGAAUGGUGAGCUUUGACCUUGACCUACCUCUACACGGAUCUCAUGAAGCCUUAAAGUCUGUGUGGAAGCUGAGCUCGCAGUGCUGGCCCGGUUCGGUCACAGAGGGAGUCCUCUCCUCCUCCAGAGGCUGGCUGCGGCGCUUCCUCUUGCUCAAGCUGGUCACCGUGCUGCUCUUCCCCUACGGCUAUGAGCUCCCCCUGCUGGUCGGCUGCGUGUUCAGCCUGCGGGCUCUGCAGCUGCUCCGCUCCCCUCACAUCUCCACCAAGCCGUCCGCCGUCUUCCUGCUCCAGCUGGCCCGGACGGACGCGCUAGUGCUGCUGCGCUGGCUCAUCCGGCUGGGUCUGUCCGUGGGACUGUGGGCCGAGGAGGAGGAGGAGGAAGAGGCGGGAACGAGCCGGGCUGUGAGCGCGCUCAGCGAGCAGCUGCUCGAAGCCCAUCACCUGGCCUCGCUGCUGCUGCUGGGGCUGCUGGGACUGGAGGCCACGCUGCUGUCCCACUGGCCGCUGCAGACCCGGAGGUUCAGGACUUCCCAGUGGGCCCGGCUGUGCUGCAGUCUGACCUGGGGGCUCGUGCUGCUGGAGCUCGUGUGUUUGCUGCACGCGAGGCUCUUUGAGCAGCAGACGUACCUGUCGACGCUGCCCGUCGUCUCCCUGAGCCUGAGGAAGAUGCUGUGGUUCGUGAAUUCGUGGAUGCAUUACGCCGUUUACAGGUUCAGACCGCAGAGAAGGAAGAGCUCGUUUCAUUAAGAGCUUUUAAAAACUCAAAAGCGUUUCCACUCUGCUAAAACACUAAACCUUACGAAGUACUUUGUGGUCGGUUUUUUAUUUUUAUUUUUUAGUACAAACACUUGAAAUAAGACCAAGCUAACUUAAAAUUAAAAUGAAGUCAGGUUAGUUGGACCCCUGCAAACCUGCGUAAGGUCCCCCCUCCCAUCUUCCUGUUGGAGGGCAAAAAACUACCAAUGAGAUCAAUUUCCCCCGUGUUAUAAGAUGCUUGCACUAAAACUAGACCAGAAAUGCUUGAUUUCAUGUUUUUGCAGAGCAUUUUAUUUAUAUACUAUAAUUAUGUUGAUUUAUAGUCAAACAGUGUUUUCAGAUGUUUUGAAGCCUAUCCUCUUUUCUUGUUUAAAGUGUCUCUUAAAUUCAUUACUUAGUGUCAAAUUUAAGACUAGUGAAAAAUCUUUUAAGAUUUUAUUGGCCCAAAUAAAUGGACAGUAAUGUCUCUUUAAAGGUUUCUUAUGAUGAUGGUAGUUUCUUUAUUUUAAAAAAAGAAAAAAAAAAAAAGCUUAAGUUAUUGUAAAGGUCAUAUAAAGAUAUAACGAGCCAUUUCCUGCUUACGUUUUAAAUUUUCUGUUUGUCCAGGAUCUGGGUUGCAGAAUCCAGAAUUUGCUGUGGUGAACCCAGUGCUUGCUUUGUGCUCUUACGCAAAAGAUUAUUACAUUAUUUUUUUGCCAAAUUGCAGAUUUUUAGCCCUCUAGCAAACUAUUUUCCCAGAACUCUCCUUAGGAUUUAAAAAAAUUUAUAACCAGUUACUUGAAUUUCCCCACUGGGGGAAAAUUAAGAGUAUUUCUAUUCUAUUCUUACCUACUUGACUCAGAAUGCAUGACUUAAUGAAUGUAAAAGCAUUAAUAAUUUAUUCCUCAUAUUGUGUUUGGGAAAUUCACCCUAAAUCUUUAACUAUUUUCAACAAAUGUGUCUUUCUUCCAAUCGAAGGUCUUGAUGAAAUAUUACAUCUUGUCCAUUUGGAAGGUUAUCUCACUUUACGAUGGGAUAAACGGUAAAGAUGCUCAUGUAUCUUGAUCUGUUUAGUGAUGCAGAAAUGAUGCUGUCACAAUGUGUAAUUGAAGAAAUGUGUUUUUUAACAAUGCUGAGUGAAUAAAAAGACCUGGUGAGAUGAAUUAUGCAAGUAACAGCAGGUUCUAUAAUAAAACCGUCAAAAAACCACCUAGAAAAACUGUCAAAAAGAUCAUUUUUACUCUGUGAAAGUUACAGAUGUGAAGUAAUUAACUCUUCUAAAAUGAUGUAAAAUCACAGCUGAAUUACUUUAAUAAUCUGUUAAGAUUAUAAAAAU